GAGUUUCACCCAAAAGACGUCAAGUCAUAAGUAGUAUCAUAGAUAAUUCAGAAGCGUGUACAACUUUGGAGGACGAAAUAUCACAACCAAAUUCCGAACCAUUGGCAUCUAAGAAUCACAAUAUUUAUUUAAUGGAUAUUAGAAAUUUUACUGUUAGUGGAACUUUAGGUGCUGUGAUGAUUUUGGCAGCCGUUGAAAUUGAUAAUGUUGGUAAAAUUGAAGAUAUAGAACAACAUAAUUUACCUGGACAAGCUUUUCCAUUAUAA